AUGGCAAAGACGAACAAGCAGCCCCCUCAGCCGAAGGGCAAGAAGUCUAGGCCCGCUCCAUACCCGCAAAAGGCUCGGGUAGAGGUCACAUUCGACGGUCCUUCUUCCUCCACCACCCCCGCGCCCUCUGCUCCCGCCACGAAAGCGCCUAAGGCCAGCUCGUCCUCAGCUCAGCCGGAGGAAGAGAAGCCGGUCGUCCCAGCAACAGUAGACGUCAAAGGCAAAGGCAAGGCGGUGGACCAGGACCAGUCCGGCGUAACCCAGGGAACCUUUGUGGUCGUUGCUGGCUCUUAUGAGAAGCUGCUAUACGGUCUCGAAGGGUCCCUGCCUUCUUCCUCCGCAGCUGCGGGGCCGGACGAGGGGGAAGGAGCGGGGACGAAGCUGGAACCCAUCUUCAUCUUCCCAGCGCAUCUCGCUUGCGUCAAAGCGAUAGCGGCGAGUCCGGGCGGGAAGUGGUUGGCGACUGGGAGUGAGGAUGAGUUUAUCAAGCUGUGGGAUUUGAGGAGGAGGAGGGAGAUGGGUAGUUUGAGUCAACACACAGGAUCCAUCACCUCUCUGCACUUCCCUUCGUCCUCUCACCUCGUCUCGACUUCGGUAGACGGCACCAUCGCGCUCUUCCGGACGUCCGACUGGGCAUGCCUCAAGGCGCUCAAGGGCCACUCGGGCCGGGUCAACUAUGUCGAUGUGCACCCGACUGGGCGCGUUGCGCUGAGUGUGGGCAAGGACAUGACACUGCGAAUGUGGGAUCUGAUGCGUGGACGAGGAGCUGCCAGUCUGGCUUUGGGCACCGAAGCGGAAAUCGUCCGAUUCUCUCCCCUCGGCACCCACUUUGCCGUCCUCUUCCCGAAGAAGGUCGAACUCUACUCGCUCACCCUCAAACUCCUCCACCGGAUCGAAACCAAGUCGCGCUUCAACACUCUCGAGUUUGCGCUCAUACCUGGAGCAGAGGGGGAAGAGGAGGAGGUGUUGUGUGUAGGGACGGAGAAAGGGGUCGUGGAGGUGCGGAAGGUGGAGAUUGCGGACGAGGAUGAGGUCAAGGAGGAAGAUGAGGAGAAGGAGCCGGAGGAAGUGGAGACUCAGCCAAUAGGCGGAGCGACGUUGGAUCAUGUGGUCAGCCUUGUUGGACAUACCAAUCGUAUCAAAUCGUUAUCUACCCUUUCCCAGCCUGUCAUCGGGUCCGACCCAUCAUCCAUCAGCCGGACCGUCCUCCUCUCGACCGUCUCUUCGGAUGGGUAUAUCAACCUUUACGACCUUUCGUCAGCUAUGUGCGCCAACGCCUCCAGCUCCGAGAGCGCAAUGGGAGACGCGUCUGCGCUUCCCCAGGUCCGACCGGUCGCUUCCUACAAUACCAAGGGGUCGCGCCUAACGUGUGUCUUCCUGGCUGACGGCAAGAAGGGCGAGAUCGGAGGUGAGAAGAAGCCCGACAGCGAGGAGGAGGAUGACGACGAAGAAGAUGGAGAGGAUAUGUAUGAUCAGGGAAGUGAUGGAGAGGAGGACGACGAGGGUCUGGACGGAGUGAAUGUGGAGUUUGAGGAUGAGGAGGAGGAAGAGAUGGAGGAGGAAGGAGAGGAAGAGUAG